AGACUCUUGUUUCUUGUUGGUGAGCCCAUGGACAGCCACUUUCCGAACUAGUUAACCUAGAGCCUUGAAAAAGCACGACUGCAGAUCUACAGUAUAAAGCUUUGAGGAGCUGUAGUGUUCAGCACUUCUCUCAGAAUGGAGUCUGUACUGAGAUAUCUGGACUGGACGUCUGUGGGCUUGGCCCUGGUGGGUGGUCUGGUCUCUCUGGUUCUGCUGGAGAUCUUGAGGUUGAAUUCUUCAAGGAGUCGAAGUCCUCCUGGACCCAAACCCCUGCUAUUCGUGGGAAACAUGCCUCAGUUCAUAAAGGAUAAAAUGGGCUUCAUUAGAUCGAUGCCGAAAUAUGGUGAGAUAAGCUCCCUGUACCUGGGAAGGAAGCCAACGAUCAUCCUGAACACCAUGCAGGUUGCAAAGGAAGCUUUUGUUCAGAAUGGGACAAUAUUUUCUGGAAGGCCAAGCCUGCCUUUAGUACGUUGGGUAAACAAAGGGUAUGGUAUUGUUAUGGCCACUUACGGUAAUUCUUGGAGACAGCAGCGCCGGUUUGCUCUGCACACGCUGCGUGAUUUUGGACUGGGGAAGAAAAGUGUUGAGGAGCGUGUGGCUGAGGAGGCUCAUUUCCUCAUCAAGGAGAUGCUGAAACAAGAAGGGAAGGCUUUUUACCCCAUCCACCCCAUCAUGAACUCGGUGUCCAACAUCAUCUGCUCCAUCGUCUUUGGAGACCGCUUUGAGUAUGAUGACAGGCGAUUUGCUAAACUUCUGGAAAUUAUAAAUGAGAACAUUCGGUUUUCAGGAUCACCAGUGGCACAGAUCUUUAACUUGGUUCCCAUUAUUAAAUACUUCCCUGGGCCACACCAGAAGAUCUGGCACAAUCUACAAUCUUUAAGAAAGUUCAUGUCUGAAGAGGUGGAGAAGCACAGGAAAUCUUUGGACCCAGAGAACCUCCGGGACUUCAUUGAUGCCUACCUGGUAGAGAUGAAUAAGCAAGAAUCAAAUGAAGAUUCCACGUUCCAUGAGGAAAACAUGUUGAGGUCGACCACUGACCUGUUCAUCGCUGGAACAGAAACUACUGCAAACACUCUUAGAUGGGGCCUCAUUUACAUGAUGGACCACCCUGAUGUGCAAGAGCGCUGUCAUGAGGAGAUAGUUCGAGUGUUGGGUUUCGACCGUUUUCCCUCCAUGGAUGAUCGUGCACAGCUCCCUUAUACUCAUGCCACUGUUCAUGAGAUCCAGCGCUAUGCUAACAUCGUUCCUCUCGGCGUGGUGCAUCAGACCACACAACCAACCAAGCUGAGAGGAUACCAUAUACCAGCGGGAACAAAUAUCAUGUCCAACCUAACAGCCAUCCUAACUGACAAAGACCACUGGAAGUACCCAGAUACAUUCAACCCAGAGAACUUUCUAGAUGAGAAAGGACAGUUCUGCAAAAAUGACUCCUUCCUGCCCUUUUCUCUGGGUCCGAGGGUGUGUCUGGGUGAGACUCUGGCGAGGACAGAGCUCUUCAUCUUCUUCACCUCUCUGAUUCAGCAGCUGAAGUUCUCAUGGCCUCAAGGAGCUCCGCCACCAAACAUGGAUGGAGUUGUGGGCCUAGUUCGUUCAAAUUUACCCUUCAAUACAAUCUGCCGCAGCAGGGGCUGAUUUAGACCACUUUCAGAAUGUAUGUUGGGAACAUGAAUCAUUAAGCCUGGAUGAUUAUUUUUUACCAACACAUCAUAUGUAUAUAUAAUAGUAAUAUACAGUGAUAUGAAAAAGUGUUUGCCUCUUCAUGAUUUGUCACUCCUAAAUGUUUCAGAUCAUAAAACAAGUUUAAAUAUUAGUUAAAGACACACACUUAAACACAAAAUGCAAUUUUUAAAUAAAGGUUUUUAUUAUUAAGGGACAAAAAAGUUCAAACCCACAUGACCCUGUGUGAAAGAGUGAUUGCCCCCUUAAUCUAAUAACUGGUUGUUCCGCCCAUUGCUGCAACAACUGCAAUCAAGCGUUUGCAGUAACUUGCCAUGAGUCUUUUACAGACCUGUGGAAAAAUUCAAUUCAAUUCAAUUAUCUUUACAGAAUUGUUGUAUUUUUGCCACAUUGAAGAGUUUUUAAGCAUGAAUGGCCUUUUUAAGGUCACGCCAAAGCAUCUCAAUAGGAUUCAGGUCAGGAUUUGACUAGGCCACUCCAAAGUCUUUACUUUGUUUUUCUUCAGUCAUUCAGAGGUGGACUUGCUGGUGUGUUUUUGGAUCAUUGUCCUGCUGCAGAACCCAAGUUUGUUUUAGCUUGAGGUCACGAACAGAUGCUAACCAUUCUCCUUCAGGACUUUUUGGUAGUUCCAUUCAUCACAGCAAGUCUUCCAGUUCCUGAAGCAUCAAAACAGCCCCAAAUUGUUUUUUUUUCUCCCUUAAUAAUAAACAUUUUCAUUUAAAAACUGCAUUUUGUGUUUACUUGUGUUGUCUUUGACUAAUAUUUAAAUGAUAUAAAGAGUGACUAACAUGUAAAAAAAAAGUAAGAAAUCAGGAAGGGGAAAACACUUUUUCACACCACUGUAUAUAAUAGGUGACUUGACACUUUUUUCCUAAAUAUUUGUUACAUUUUUAGUGGUGUAGCGAUUCACAGUGCCAUAGUUAUAACUCUUAAUAAAGUGGAACAUUUGAUUAUUUAAGAAAUCUUCAUUUCAGUGUUCGAAGACAUACAAAUUAUUAUGAAGAAAAUUGUUCUUAGAAUGUCUGCUCUGUAAGAAAAUAAAUAUACCUCCUUUUUUUA